AUUUCGCCGUACCCUAGCCGAUAACUAUUAACAGUGCCCGCGUUGAAACAAGAUCAUGCCGUGUGACUAUCGCGUGUGUUGGUAGCGAUAAAGCGGCGGCGCCUUGAUGCGCGCUGACCGCUGAGCCUGUGAUAGUAAGAGCGGAGGAGGUAGUGUUAGUCGCGGCGAUGGUGGUGGUAGUUCAGAUAAGUACGGGGGAUUGAGUGCACGUCAACGAGAUUUUCUGUCCAACGAAACAGUUUGCCGCGAACUGUUCACGUUACGAAGGAUGCGUUGUAGAGUUUAAAGUGUCCGAGGUCUGAAAGAUCGGUACGAUGAUAAAGGAUUAUUCGCGGAUCACUCAGGCGUUGCUGGGAACCUUAUUUACGUGGGCUCUCACCGCAGCGGGUGCCGCACUCGUAAUCGUGAUUCGAGGGAAACAGCGCAAACUGUUGGACAUCAGCCUAGGAUUUGCGGCGGGCGUAAUGAUAGCGGCUAGUUACUGGUCGCUACUGGCACCUGCUAUCGAAAUGGCGUCAAAGAGCGAAAUUUAUGGACGGAACGGCGAAUAUGCGUUCGUACCGGUCGGAGUUGGAUUUCUCAUAGGCGCGGCAUUCGUUUUCGGGACGGACGCGUUGAUAUCUUCCUUCGGCAUUCAGUCCCCUAAUGUGCUUUUAGCUAUGCAGUCAGUCGGUACGAAACAAAGACGCAAGAUCCUUGCAAAACUAAAGAGUGACGAGGAUUUAAACGAUUAUGAUCCUUGUAACGACGUACAGAUUUCCAAUGGAAAAGUAUAUACUCAUAUUGAGUCAACCACCAUCGAUGGAUUCAACGAACAAAAUACCAGAAGGCGCCAAAUCGCGCACAUAAGCGCCCCCGCUGAUCAAGGCGAGCUCGAAGCGAUUUACGAGGACCUUAAUACCGAGCAAAAGAAUAGUCAAUGGAGAAGGAUCCUGCUGCUCGUUGUUGCUAUUACCGUUCACAAUAUACCCGAAGGACUGGCGGUUGGAGUUGGUUUCGCUGCGGUGGGAAGCAGUGCUUCAGCAACUUUCGAAAACGCGAGAAACCUAGCGAUCGGCAUCGGCAUCCAGAAUUUCCCGGAGGGAUUGGCGGUGUCUUUGCCCCUGCAGGCCGCCGGAAUUAGUACCUUGAAGAGCUUCUGGUUCGGCCAGCUCUCGGGGAUGGUCGAGCCUCUCGCCGGCGUCCUUGGUGCAGCCGGAGUCUCGCUCGCUGAACCUGCGCUACCUUAUGCACUUGCCUUCGCGGCCGGUGCAAUGAUCUACGUCGUGAUCGACGACAUCGUCCCGGAAGCGCAUUCGGGUGGAAAUGGCAAACUCGCCAGCUGGGCAGCCGUCGUCGGUUUCUUGGUAAUGAUGUCCCUAGACGUUGCAUUAGGGUAAACUGUGAGCGUCGAUCGCGAACUUACAAUCCGCGAGGGAGAUCGAUUCCCCCGCGGCAAUCCACGUCAAUCAGAAAAUUCCUAAUCGUUCUUGCGGCGCGUCGUGUUCUCUCACGGGUGGAGUAUCCGUUGUACUCGAGUUACGCGGCCUGCCUCGAUCUCAAUCGAUGGAAACGGUCCGAUGAUUCCGACGUCCUAUCGAAAUUCCGACCCGUACCUUCGCUAGAAAUCGCAUUAUACUUAGAGAAAUUCGCCCGUGGUGCGGUGGUAAGCAACGGAGUCGGAUCCGCGAGAAGCGUUAGACCGGUGUCGUCGAUACUAUCGAAACGUGUCUUCCAUGAAUCUAGUCUUCGUUGAUCCGAUUCAGGAGUCAAUUAGAUCAACGAGACGACGACCUUCGGCAACGCUUUAGAAGUUUCUGCGUCGCAUUCGUUGCACCAGAGAGGCAUGCGUCGAAUGCGACGGGGCGUGCUUCGAUCGGACGUCGGAAUCGGUUCUCGCUCAGGGAACGUCGUACUCCUCCGGGUCCCCGUGUUUUCGAGCACGAAAACCCACGAGGUCGCGUGUCGGACGGCCCCGUAGUAUUGCAAUUCCCGUGCAGCGUCGAGAAAAUCGCGGGAUAAUCGCGCUCCCAAACUUCUGCCGAACGAGAUCCCCGGAAUCGUGUGAAUUAAUCACUCCUCGUAGCGAAUAAAAAGCAAAUAGAAAUAGAAGGUAAAAGCGGGAAGAAACCGUCGGGGACGCGGCAUAGAUUGCACGUGUCGCCUUCGGUGGCAGAAUGUUCGAUCGGGAGCGCACGCUUCAACGAGAUUCCGGAAAAGUCGCAGUGUUCAGAGGUGUAAACCGGAUAUAUAGUGGUGUUUAUCAAGCUCGCCGGGCCCAGUGUUACUUUUGCAUUUCGCUGAUGAUUUUGCUGGAAAAAAUCGCAGCCCUCCGUACUUUUCCGAAACGUGUUUCUUGGGGAAACAGCGUUAGCGUACGCGGCCUCGAGGUGUCUGUCCGCGCGACACGCGAGCUGUCGCCUCGGGUCUACUCGGGUAAGUGCAGUCAUAUUUAUUACAUUGCGUCCGCAAUAAAUACCCCUCGAAUCCGCUUGUUCGUUCGGGAUCGACACGACGACGCGGCGUUGCGUAUAGGUGCAUGACAAUCGAUGGUUCUCCUCGUGUGCGCGCGUACGGGACGCAUCGCACGCCCCCGCGGCUCGCACAAGCAUUCAUGCGACUGUGCCACCCCCCUUUCCCCCUUAGACGUUUCUUUGUUUACUUAAUGUUACUUAACGGUUUUGGCGAAGGAAAGAAGGAAGGAAAUAAUUUGAUCACGCGAGCAACGGAGUCGUCGCACGAGCGAAACUCGUAUCGAUCGGUGUUUCGUUGCAUUCUCGACGCUGAACAUUUAUACAUACUAUAUACGUAUGUAUAUACUUAUAUAUAUAUACAUAUAUACAUACAUAUGUAAGAUAUAGAGACUGUAUUUUCGUACAUGAUACAUAUUUCUUCGUACGCGUAAAGGGUUCGCGCGUUGCAUUCACGCGGGAACGGUGCAGACACGCCUCGGUAUCGGGGGAGCAGCCCCUUUAAAAGAUUGAAACGCCUCCGCGAUCAAAUUCGUAUACGAUGCUCAAAACGUUCCUGCGAUACACGGGUAGUCUUAAUUGAGCGUUUCUUCGCCGAUACCGAUCACAGGCUGUUGUCACCUUGCUCGGGAUCUAAUGAAAUUCAUCCUUGGUUUAUAUUAGACCGGCGUAUGCGAGAUGCGGCAGGGUUCUCCUUAACAUUGUUUCACACAUUGCGAAACCUUUCUCCGCUAGGACACUUAACGAUUUUGUUUGUACGAAGCGUAAUAAAGGAAACAACAAAAAAAAACAACAAAGUUGCCACCGUUUCCCGGAGACCGAGAAGAUAUCCUUGACCGUUCCUC